GAUAAAGCUAUGUGGAAUUACCAAAUACACCCUCGUCAUCCGACGUGGUGACACGCUGAAAACGUAGUACAUCUGAUUUCUUCGCACCCCAGUCUCUGUCAGCUACCCCAUUACUCUUUCUCAGUCCUCAAACCCCCCAUUUUCCCCAAACUCAUCUUUCUAGGGUUUCUCUUUCUCUCUCUACACUUGUCUCCGGUUGAAAAUGGCGGGAAUCAGGUUACCGGCGGAGGAUUCCGACGUUUCGCAGGUCACGCGGCAGGUGGCCGCCGUGGAUCUGAUCUCCGAUGAUGAUCGCUCCAUCGCCGCAGACUCCUGGUCCAUCAAGAGCGACUACGGCAGCACUCUUGACGACGAGCAGCGUCAAGCUGACGCUUCCGAAGCCCUAUCUUCCGCCGUGUACCGUGCCGCCUCUGACUACAGUUCUGACAAAGAGGAGCCAGAUGCUGAUACAGUUUCGUCAAUGUUGGGCUUCCAGAGCUAUUGGGAUGCUGCAUAUGCAGACGAAUUGACAAAUUUCCGGGAACACGGCCAUACUGGGGAAGUUUGGUUUGGAUCAAAUGUGAUGGAAAAUGUUGCCACAUGGACCAAAAAUUUAUGCCUUGAAAUUUCUCAGCAUCACUCGCCAGGCACAAAUUGUUUGCCUGCUGGCCAGCCUGAAAAAGACCUCUCUGGCUGGAGUGUUCUCGAUGUGGGGACCGGUAAUGGUUUGCUACUUCAGGAGCUCAGUAAGCAAGGAUUCUCAGACCUCACUGGAAGUGAUUACAGUGAAGGAGCUAUUGACCUAGCUCGAAAACUUGCUGAUCGUGAUGGAUUCUCUAAUAUUAAGUUCCUUGUUGAUGAUGCUCUCGACACAAAACUGGACAGGAAGUUUCAGCUUGUGACAGAUAAGGGGACACUAGAUGCAAUCGGUCUGCAUCCCGAUGGUCCUAUCAAAAGGAUAAUGUACUGGGACUCCAUUUCAGGGCUUGUGGCUUCUGGUGGAUUACUGGUUAUUACAUCAUGCAAUAGUACAAAGGAUGAACUUAUACAAGAGGUCGAGUCUUUCAAUCAAAGGAGAAAAAGUUCCUCUCAAGAACAAGAGAAUGCCGUUGACCAAGAUACUGGGGGCAGAGAUACCACAUUCCAGUACAUUGACCACAUUCGCUCGUAUCCAACUCUUAUGUUUGGAGGAUCAGUUGGGUCCCGUGUUGCCACAGUGGCAUUUUUAAGAAACUGAUUUUUAUAUCAGAUAUUGUGUUUUUGUUUUCUUUCUAAAAGUCUAGUGUGUCAUUCUUGGGAGUUUAUAUCAACUUACGUCUGGAAUUGAUUUCGGUGAAUUGACACAACUUGUUCGUUUUGUUUAGUAGAGACAAAUGGACAUGUUUCUGUGUAUAUUCAACGUGGUCUUUGGUGUGCCUAGAUUGGCUGUA